UGCAUUCAAUUUCAUUCAAUUUUGUUUUAACUGAGAAUUUGGUCAACUUAUAUGUGUGUGAGAUUCACUUGAAGACUUUGUUGGUGCCCACGCAUUAACAAACCACAUUUGUUGUAAUUAUUAUUAUUGGAGCAUUUUGAGAGUAAAAUACAAUUUAGUGAAAAGUGGUUAUUUGUUACACCCAGUGUAGUAAAUUCGAAAAAGGAUUGUUGUGUAGGUCGCACAUCAUUCAAUUACGACUAAAGUGUACACAGUUUCAGAUAACCCACCAACUAUGUCAGCCAAAGAAAACAAACUUCGAACUUUCGACAAAAUUCCAAUUUUCAUCGUCGAAAACCACAACGAAGUACUCGAAUUUGUUUACCGUUGUCUCGGAUCUCGACAUCUGCCAUUCAAUAACAACACAAUGAUUCACUUUGACUCACAUCCGGACAUGACAGUGUCACGUAGCAUGCCUUCCGAAUAUGUUUUCGACAAGGAGAAAUUAUUGGCCGACGUAAGCAUCGAGAACUGGAUAAUGCCAACUUGUUUUGCCGGUCAUUUCAGUCAAUUAGUCUGGAUGAAACCGUAUUGGGCGACACAGAUUAAAGAUAACAAUUAUCAGUUUGUGAUCGGCGAUUAUUGUGGCAACAUUCGAGUCAAUUCUACUUUGGAGUAUUUCCUGUCUGAAGCCAGCUAUCGUCCCGAAUCUGAACUCAGCAAAAAUAAAUUAAUUGAUUUGAAAGUUAGAACGCUAUCGAAUGAUUUUGUUGGACAUGCGGAUUUGCUGCCAUCGGACAGUGAAGUGUAUAUGCUGGACAUUGAUCUGGAUUUUUUUAGCACUCACAAUCCGUUCUUGAAAAUAUAUGAAAAGGCUGAUGCUUACACAAAACUCCACCCAAUAUUUGCAUUUUCUUGGCCGGAUAAGCUAGAACAGACGGAUGAAUUACUAGCCAAAGUAAAAGACAGAGAAAAUCAGUUGAAUGAACUGGAAAAAGUUUUCCAAUAUAUUGCAGACAAUGGUCACUUGACCGGAAUCACUGUUCCUGAAAUACUGAAACCGGUAUGGAGUCAAAUGAUCGAACUAGUUGCUGACGUUCAAGCCAAUUAUAGUGAUGUCAAUUGGACGCUAAUUUAUGAUGCAGGAUGUACUUGUGACACCACGGAUCUACCUCAUCACGAGUCGCCAUUGGAAGAGAUAAACCUACUGAUUGAUCAAUUUAAGCAAUUCCUUCGAGGACUUCAGCUACCACCAACUAUAGUAACAAUAUCUCGGUCUUCUUACGACGACUAUUGCCCCGUCGAUCAAGUAGAGCAUAUCCAAGAGAAAGUUUUGAUUGCUUUGCAAGAAGUUUAUGGCGACAGAAUUACAAACAAACCCAUAUUGGACUACAAAGAUGAAGAGUGGAAGAUUUGAUUUCAAAUAAAUAUUUGAUUUGGUUAGCAUA